AACUACUAGUGUAUGCAAUAUGCAAUACCUAAAGUAUAUAAGGAUGGGAUCGAUGGGCUGACCUAACAUGUUACUUUUCCCUAUUUUUAUUGCGUAUCUGCGAUGAUCGACGCCCCGGUGCAGGAUUGGGGAUCGAUUGACGAAUCGAAUAUUACAGAGCUCAGAAAUGACAUAUCUAUGUUUCGUAGAAGAAGCGAAGAGUAUAGCCGUUUGAACUCAUCCCUUGACACUAUACUGGAAAUGAAAGCAUUUGCGACAGAAAACCAAGUAUGUGUUCCUGGGUUGCCCAAAUUGCUUGAAUUGUACUCUAGUGCCGUUGCGCAAGGGAAACAUAUACAAAAACAAAGCUGGUGGAAGAAAAUUCGGAAAAUGAGGGAUUGGGAGGGAAGUGAGGGUGCAUUCAAGAGACGUUGCGAAAGAGUUUGGCUUCUCGCUCAUCAAACGUCCACUAUCGUCAAUCAUGAAGUCUCAAAAGUGACGAUUGGCCGAGUGUCCAUUCGACGACGCAGAUCCCUCGACGGACUAGUAGGCCAAGCUGAACCCGACCUCGUUCAGCGACAUAAUCAACAUGGUGACACUGCGACGACUCAGAGAUCCACACCUCCCAAUACUGGAGUAGUCGCACAAAGCUCGAGCACCACUAAUAUGCUCUCGGAGGAGACAAUACGAAAAAUCGCUGACCUGAGCGCCGCAAAGAUAUUGGAACGGCUUUCUGGUAGACCGCCUGGUGGGAUAUCACAAACUGUCAACCACUUCCAUGGAUGCAUCGUUAGGCCCGGCAGAGGGGCUGCACCCACGGUGAAUUUCGGAGGGAAGAAUAAUAGAGGAGCAGACAUAAAAACAUCUCCCACAGAGGGAGUCGAAUGGAAUGGUGCAGAUGAUAUUGACGGCAUAAGCGACGAUGAGUCAAAUUAUGACACUGCUACUGAUGCCACACGAUCCGGUUCUGGGCGACAUAGUGGCUCAGCUAUAUCUUUAGCAGCGCAGAGCAUGCAGUCCCCUGCGGGGACAUCCAGGUCACUAUCAGGCACAUGAUAGUUAGAGUACAGAAUAGCCAACUUACUUACCAUUGACCCACUGAUCCGUCCCCUCACGGAAGCAAAUAGGAACAGUCGACGACGACGACGACGAAGAUUCGCAUCAUCCGGCAUUGUGAGAAAUCUGUACAUCACAUACUGUAUUUUCUAGCACUAAAAUCCGACCAUAAGAGGCGGCCUUCCUUGACGAGAGGGCCAACAUGCCAAGCCUAAUCCAGUUCAAUCUCCGCAAGU